AUGUCUUCCAAAAAGUUGAAUCUUGGUUCCAGAGAUCACAUCAGCGACUUACCAGAUUGUCUUAUAAGCCACAUCUUGUCUUUUGUUUCCACCAAAGAAGCUGCUUCUACAUCUGUUCUGGCCAAAAGGUGGAGAUAUCUCUUUGCUCUUACAUCUAAUCUUGAUUUCAACGACUCCAUCUAUCUGAAUCCUAACCAAAAGACGGUCACUACUUUCCCGUGGAUAGCAAGAAAAAAGAGCAAAACUCCAAGAAGUUUUGUGGAUUUUGUUGACAGAGUAUUGGUUUUGAACCAGAACGUUCCUUUACACAGAUUCUCCCUCAAGUGUGAAGAUGUUAUUCAUCCAGCUUUUAUCAUUAGGUGGUUACUCAAAGUGAUGGAACGUGUAAACAUCUCGUCUGAAAUGGGUUGUCCUCUCCCUUCUGAGAUGUUUUGUAGCGAGUCGCUGGUUAGGCUGAAACUAGGAAUAAUAGAUGUUCUCACUAUUAAUAAGGAGAGAGAUGUUUCUCUUCCAAAGGUUAAGACACUCUGUCUUGACUAUAUCAUGGUAAAGAACAGUGUGUUUGCUAAGCUUCUGUCUGGUUGUCAUGCGCUCGAAGAGUUAGUUCUUAACAUGUUCGAGGUUGAAGGAUCUUGUUCUGUUUCUCACAACACACUCAAGAGACUAGUGGUUAGCCGUUCAAUAACGUUUGAUGAGAACCACGAGAGUGUGUCAUUUGAUACCCCAAAUCUUGUCUACCUUGAGUAUUCUGAUACUAUUGCAAACUCGUAUCCAAAAGUGGAGUUUAACUCUCUGGUUGAAGCUAGUCUCAAUCUUAGAAUGACAAGUGAUCAGAUUGUCGAGGCAAUUUCAAAUGAAGAUAUUGAUAGAUCGACUCCAGAAGAAAUGGUUGGUAAUGCAACACAUUUUCUUAUGGGAAUAUGCAAUGUUCAAAUCCUUCGCUUGUCGUAUAACACUCUUCUGGUACUUACUUACUGCUGCAAACCAAUACCAAAAUUCAGCAACCUGAUUCACUUGACCAUUCAGACUGUCCCAGAUGCAGCUUGGGAGUCCCUACCGGCUCUACUUAAAAAUUGUCCAAAGCUUGAAACCCUAGUCUUUGAAGGACUCCAUCACAAAAUUAAAAACUGUGGGGAAGAGGACAUGUGCUUGUGCAAACCUUGGGAGGAGGACAUUCCUACUUGCCUAUCAUCAAGUCCAGUGAAGGUUCUUAAGAUAUUGAAGUUUGGAGAAAUCUUUGGUGAUGAGGACAUAGAAGAGCAGAUAAAGCAGGUGCAACACUUCUUAGAGACGAUGCCAAAUCUUGAACAGCUUGUAUUGUAUUAUGAUACGUCUUUUGACGAAGAUGUGAAUAUAGUGUCAGCACAGCUUCAGUGGCAUCCUAGAGUAGCUUCACCCAAGUGCAAGAUUUCGGUAAUCUCUGAUAGCCUUUUCUUGUCAUCUACUGUGCCAUGUUCGGUAGUGAGUAAAUGGGGUCGUCUUCUUUAGAAGAAUCUUUCUGGUUUUGGCGCUCUCUUUUCUGGACCAAUCAUGACCUUUUUCUUUUGUUUGUUAUUUCGGAGCCAUGUAUGGAUGUAUCUUUUGUAAGGCUGCUAAGAGAUCUAAACUCUAAUCAGGAAGGAAUCCUUGUGUUGUUAUGUUUUGUCCUUUCGCCUGGCAAUGGC